CAGCCUGGGUGACAAAGUGAGACCCUGUUAUGAAAGAAAAAAGAAAAGAAAAGGAAAGAAUAAAAGGACAGGAGGCAGUGGCCAGGACAGCAUGUAAGUGGGAUAAUUCUUGGGUAAUGAAAAGGACUAGAAUGCAGGUGAUGGACUUUGGUGACAAAAUGCAAACUAUGCAUACAACAAGGAGAGUUAAUGUUCAGAAUAUGUGAAAAAACUUUCACAAUAACUCCAAGAAAAGACUUAGGUUUUCACUACAAAGAAAUGCUAAGUGCUGAGGUGAUAGAUCUACUAAAUACCCUGAUUUGACUAUUGCUCAAUGCACACAUGUACAGAAACAUCACACUGUAUCCCACAAAUAUCCACAAUUAUCACAUAUCAAUUAAAAUAAAACUUCUAAAAUAUGGAAAACUUCUUAAAAGUAAACAAACAAACAAAAAUCAGGAAAAGCAGAGGCCAUAGAAUUAAAUCAGGCCAUUUAAAUGGACAUUCAAGUCAGUCAGGAUGAACUCAAGUAUAAGACUUUAGGAAAAGUGUGAAAGUUUUCACUGAAAAUUUCCAAGAGAUCUGAAGGUGGCAGUGCCAGGGAACUAGCAGUGGGGGUGGGUAGCACAUGUUUCUAAGAGCAAGAGAUUUUCUAAUAGGAGGAGAGAAAUAAUGAUUCCCAAGGAAUUGGAAGGAGCAAAGAGACUCUAUAAACCACAUUCCCACCUGAAGUACUUUAAGUAUUCUGGAGUUUGAGAGAAUGUGUAAUCUCUACUUGACAUCCAAGGGAAGCAAUGCCCUCAAGGGAAAUCCAGGUUACAGUUACAGCCAGGAGAUGCAAGGAACUGUCAAAGAUAGAGCAGCCAAAGGAAAUCAGGACAUUGGCUUGUCAUACAGCUGGACUUUCAAGAGACGACAACUGAAUGUUUUGUGCAGUGUGGGAGGAAAGGGGUGCUGGACCAAGAGAGAGAAUUCAGAAUAUAGUGGUAGGAGUGCAGGAGAGAAUGGGAGAACAAAGGGGCUUAGGGUUUGGAUAGUGAUCACAGAAACCAGGAAUGUUCAGCAGAGAGGGUUGCUCCAUCAGACAAAAGAAUGGAGAAGUGUGCAAGGGCCUUCUUAGCCAUCCCACAUGGAAUCAGAUAGCUCAGCAAGAAAGUCUAAAUCUAGUCAUUACGUGUCCAGGAGUGGGCAGUCCUCCUGCUAGCAUUGGCCCUAUGUUUAUGGUUCCUGUUAAGAGGACAGGGGAACAGGGACCAAGAGGUUACUACAGAAAGUCAAGUUGUGCUCUGAAGCGCCCCCUGCAGGACCCUGUCCAGAGAGACAGGAGCGGUUGAGGCUGCUGGUCAGCACUCUGGGCUAUUUUGUGCUCCCUCCCACCUGCUCCUCCUUUUGGCCCAAGUUCUAGUCCCACUUGCUUUGUCACCCCCUCCUAUGGCAGCUUCCUCUCUGGUCUUCAGUGUCCUCAUUGAUCUAAUGAAUACACAUCGCUCCUCUAAUCACAAAUAUUCAUGCAGAAGUAUAAAUGAUGUGAAAGUGCUUUGAAAAUUGUAGUAAGUGAAAGGGCACUGACUUCUUCCCAUUUUCCCAAGUCCUGCUUCAGAACCACUCUCCUAGGCCCCAAGCCCCUAACUCCUUCUUGGCCGUUUAAUCAAACUUUGCCUACUGAAGGGCAUAACUAUAUGGUAUCCCCAGAACGGGGACUAAUAUUACAGCCCCCAUUUCUUCUCUUUGCUAUUUGCCAUGAUACUCUUAAACCUAGAGACUGGGAUCCUCUCCCUAGGCCAAAAGGGAGGGGCACAUAGGCAUCAUAAUGGGCAUUCAGACAUGGUAUGAUGUGAGGGGUGGGCAUGAGAUAAAUGCUGGAGUAGGUCUGGGCAACACCCCAGUUACUCAUUUGGACUCACUGGGACAAGUGCUUAACUAGAAUUCUCAAUGAAGAAAUGACAAGAAGGCUCCCUCCAAUUUCUCAAUUUCCACCCCGCCCGAUACCCAGUUUGAUUCCGCACCCUCCUAAUCCAUGCCACCCUUGUAAUCCAACCCGCUCUCCUAAGGCAACCCACUUACCCCCCCUUUAUCCUCAAUCUGCCAAGACUCUUUCUCCUCUCCAGAAGUAUGUAGAUUUUUCAGUUUUCUACCCUAACUGUUAUCCCACUGUGGCUCAUGCCUGCCCUCCCCACUACCCUACCCUAAAACUCUUCCUGCCCUGCUCUUCUGCUCUUCAUCACAGACUAUCUAUUUGCCAAUGCCGUGGUCCCACAACUCUUUCUGGCAACUUCCCUAUCUAUGCCUCUAGCCCUCUUAGCCCUGUUUGCCAAAGCUGUGGUUUCAGAGCUCUUUCCUGUGACUCCCCUGUCUAUCCACCUACUCCUCCUCCUAGCCCUGCUUGCCAAUGCUGUGGUCCCAGAAUUCCUUCCUGUCACUCCCCUGUCUAUCCGCCUACUCCUCAUCCUAGCCCUACUACUUCCCAAUACUCUAGUCCCAGAACUCUUUCCUGUGACUCCUUUAUCUAUUCCUCUACUACUACUUCUAGCUCUGUUUGCGAAUGCUGUGAUCCCUGAACUUUUUCCUGUCACUCCCCUAUCGAUCCCCCUACUCC